UUCAGAACAGACCGAUUUGUCCUAGAAAUUUGCUCCAAAACACACAAUAUGCCGCCCUGAUCACCGAUUGAGUAGUAACAAAAUGUUGAUUAUUCCGUCCACGAACGUUGGUUAGUGAAAUCUAGGUAGAAAAUGGAGUGGUUUUGCGAGAAACUGUUGACAUUCCGACCCGUCCCAAACCAAAACAAACUGUGGUGGGGUUGGUAAAAAACAUGGCUGCACCUGGUUCUGACAUUUCUUCAGGAGAAACAAGUGGUUCUGUUGGAAAUACCGGGAUGUCAUCCUUCACAGUCGACAAUGGGAGCUUCAUUGAGACGGGGGUCAGCCAAAUGGCCACACGGGCAACCUUUCUGUCAAUGUUUAUCUUGACUGGAUUUCUCGGAAACUGCAUGUUGGUUGCCACGAUUGCGCAAAGCAAACGACUGAGAGUCUCCAUGUUGAACCUUCACAUCAUCAGUAUGGCUUCAGUAAACUUGGUAGACACUACAUUGAACAUGCCGUUAGUUCUUGGCUCGGCGAUCACACAGACGUGGGAUUACGGUGGAUUCAUAUGCCAGUUAAAUUCAUUCUUUGUUCAAAUGGUGAAUAUUGCGAUGAUACUUAGUUUAUGCAUGAUGACGAUGGAUCGCUUUAUAGCUGUGAUAAACCCAGAUAAGUACAAGGAACGGUUGAAUCAUCGGAAUACUGUGAUAGUGAUAAUAUACACGUGGGUGCAGGCGAUAGUAUUUUCUGUACCCAUACUGACGGGGACAAUACCUUCCAAAGCAUUUUCCGCACGUUACCUUUGUUCGAUUGCAGAAAAUGCUCCGUUGAUUUACGUUUCUAUAAUAUCCUGUUUCUCCAUUCUGGUGCCAGUAUUUCUGACUAUUGUCUUCUUCAUCGUGAUAAUCAGGUCUUGCAUCCGUCAGAAGGUUCAUGAUCGAGACACUCUUGCUCAGAACAACUACACGAGUCGUGCUGGGGCGGAACAGAAUAUUUGGAUAGAACUAUAUGGUGCACGGUAUGUUGGCCUUCUGUGUAUUAUGUGGGUGUUUCUAGUUGGUCCGUAUGUGACUCUGAAUUAUGUAGAACAGUACAAAAACUCGGCUGAAACUGCAAAAUUACCAGCUUUUAUUGCAUUUACUUAUGCGUGGGAAGUGGACUUGUCUUUCAUGUGGAUGAAACUAAGCUAUGUUCUGAUUCUGCCAUUCUUUACAUACAUCUUGCGCAAAGAAGUAUGGCAGAAAAUCAAAGAUCUUAUCCUAUGCCGUAAAAGUAAUACCAUCACUGAUGGUGCACCUGGAAACACACCACCCAGUAGGCAAGAUGUAGAGCAGGCUAAAGAAUUGCGCUUAGUUCAGGUUCAACAAAACUCCUUUUCUCCACCGAUUUUGUUUGCAAUUGCUGAUGGGUUGCAUGUUAUUAGAGAUAAUCGUAUUCAAGAUGAAAUGUCCACUGAAAUUUCGGAAGUGACAGAAUCUACGGACGCUAUGAUUCUACGGGCAAAAAAGUGUGAUGUAAAUGCAUCGCAUGAAUUUCUUCGUGGCGAUGAGGAUACUAGUGAUUAUGAUUCCCAGUGUGAUCCUUACUCCGUGUCCAAUCCGAUAUCUGUGAAAGACCUGCCCGAGGAUGCAAAACCUGCCUUCGAAAUGACAGGACAACCUCAAGCAAAAGAUUCAGCGAUGCGCGUUAAGAAAGAAUCAACUGACGAAGGAGUUGGUUCGCAGGAAACAUACUCGUCAGACUAUCCGCCAGGGAAUAUUUCAGAUGAUAUUCCUGUUGAUAGUGGUGCCAGUGCCCCUUUGAAUAACUCUGGAAAUAAAGAGAGUUGGAAUGAGACAUCCCAAAAAGAGAAGGCCGACUCUGGAAUUGACUCCACCCAAAAUACAAACGAGAAGGAUAGAAAGAGGCAUCGGAGACGAAGAACUAAGUCCUGUGAGGCUGAGGGCGUCACGAAAGUUGAGAAGUUUGAGAAAGAUGAAGGUGGUCGGGGUGUUGGUUAUAAUGAGCCAACAGACAAUUCCGUGGAGCCUGUCGAUUCUGGUCGUGGUACUGUAGAGUUGAAAAAGAUGAAACAUAGAAAGCGUUCUGAAACUUUGGUUCCUGAUCCGGUGGGGCAAAAUACUGAACAGGCUGAACCUGAGAUAGUUGAAAAGACAGUUGUGGAAAGGUUGGUUGAAGAUCAAGGGCCAGAUAACCCUGAGGCUAUUCCUAAAGCUCAGCCAAAGAAGAAGAAGAAAAGAAAAAAUAAGAAUCCUCUGAAUCUGAUUAUGUUGCCGAUAUUACCACCUGUGCCACCAGACAUGCCAGAACAACCAAGUAUUGAUGUGGAUGAUAAUCCAGGUGGUUGUAAACAAUGUCAGGUGAAUCAGGGGGUUGAGGAAUCUCUGUCUCAAAGCAAAAGACCUCCGCUCAGGUUGAAGCCUUUAGAUAUUACUCACAGUAGAAAAGACCUCAAACCUUCGCAGUCCCCUGUGAUAAAUCACGUUGAUUCGAAGACUGAAAAUGCAUUGCAGGAAGCAAAUGAUGUAUUAUUUGAAAAGAAACUAAUACCAAACAUAACAUCGCGAACUGAGCAAAAUCUUUCACCGAUAAGAAGAAAGUCGGGUGAACGGUCAGUGAAUGGUUCUGCUAAUGCAGACAGUUCUCUAAUUCCUGGUCAAAUGGACUUAGAACCAGAAAGUUCUAAAAAACAAAAUGAUGCAAGUAAGUUGCAUAAUUCAUAUCAUUCGGAUAACGUAGAUUCUCUCAGUGCCGAUCAGGUUGCUCAAUCAAAAACGGAUGUACCGUCAAAAUACCAUCGAUCUGUGAGUGAAAACCAUGUUCGUGUUCACUCGAAUAAUGACAGUGACACUGCACUUCUUAGUUCGAACACUUCUACUGAUUUACAUGAAAUAAAGCAGGGGAUGAUGGCAGAUGCUGUUCUGACGGGUGCAUUUCCGAGACCGAAGAAGAGAAAGAAGAAGCGUGUCUUCAUGUCGGAGAGUAGUCAGGAUUUAUUGUCGGUAGGGAGCACAACUGUUCAGCCUAUCAUGUGAAAGACGUCUGGUGAGUAAGGUAAUUGGUAUACAGGCCUCUCAAUCACAUGAUUCCUAUACCGUAUAACGGUGUAGGCCGUACAGGAUGUCCCCAAAUUAGGUCUUUUUUUUU